CGCCGCCGGCUCGCCCCGAGCAGGUCCUCGCCCCCCGUCGCGCGCUCCGCCCUCGCCCUCCGCCCCCGGAGCUCUCCGCGCUCGGCCUCCCGCGCCGGGCGGGCUCCGCCCGAGGCUCCGGGGCCCAUGGCCAAGCGGCGUGCGGCCGAGCCGCUGACGUUCCACGUGCCUUGGAAGCGGCUCCUGCUUUGCGACUUCCCCGAGGAGCCGCCGCCGCUCUGGAUCCCGCCGCCGGGGGCCUCGCAUCCCGGGCAGCCCGUCGGCGUCCCGGAGCCGCCCCGAAAGCGCAAAAUCGACGCGGGGGCUAUGACUGAGGCUUCAGCUUCGCCCAGCAAGCGCCGCGACGGCGGGGACACCAGCGUUCCGGGCGGCGUGGAGCGUGAGGGCCAAGGCCUGGAGACGGGCGAGCCGCAGUUGCUGCAGCCUCCCGUGCGGCCCCGCGGGCCGGGGGAGGAGCCCCGGGGCGCCCGGCCCCCGAGGGGCGGUGGCGACGACGGGGCGGGGCGCACGGAGCCCCCACGGGGAGACUGGGGGGCCACACCGCGCCAGCUCAAUGAAGAAUUCUGGCAGUAUAACACCUUCCAGUACUGGAGGAAUCCCCUGCCACCUAUUGAUCUGGCAGACCUCGAAGACAUCGGCGAAGGCAGCCUGCGGGAAGCAAGGCUUCAGGGCAAGAACGAAGUGGUUGAGGUCGACAUGGAGUCCUGACACAAGCACCUGAAGAAUAGGUCUUUUGGCCGCCGCCUUUGAGGCGACCUCUCUUAAGUGAAUUUGCAUAUUCUUAAGGAGAAAAGUUAUUUUGCAUACUUGAUGCGAUACCAUUCCCAAACCUGAAAAAUGAGGAAGAGUUGUUUUAAAGAUAAAUGCCUGUGGUCACUACUGAAACUCCCAAGAGGGAUUUGUCAAGGAUCUAGUGCAGUUAGAGGGGAAGUAUUUUAUAUAUGUACUCUCAAAGAAAAAUUUAUGUUUAGAUUCUAAAUUUGAAAAUAUUGGUCUUCUAAAAAAGAAUUCUGACAGUUUUAGAAACAGGUGGGAAACGCUCAAAUGUUCCUCUUGUCUGUACCAAAAAGUUAAUUUGUGGUACAUGAAAUGAGUAUUGUUUUUUAACUGUUAUUAAUAAAAUGCUUUCUAGUACAUCGUAUCGACUCUUCUUAGUUGAACAAAUAACUGACUUAAACAUCUAUGCAAACUUAAAGUGCGGGGGACUCUUAAAGGUGGUAUAGUUUUAAAAGAACUUUGUAAAGCGUAACGUAGUGAGAAUUUCAAUUUGGGGAGCGUGUUUGCAUAGCUUCCAGUAUUUGAUAUUUGUUUAACUCUACUCUGGGGAAUCAAAAAUGGAUCGAGAACAAUGAGAAGUGAAGAGGUUCUUCCCUCCCCCUUUUCCCAGGUUAAGAGGAAAGAAAUUAGUGGUAUUUCUUAAUUUCUUGGCUUUGAGUUGCUUUGAGGGCACGGUUUUUAUUGCUUAUUGCUUCAGACUUACAGUUCUCAACACUGGCAACACUUCAGAAAUCUUUGCCUGAGUAGCACUCAAGAGAUGCCCAUUUAACUGUCUGAGACGGGCCUUGGGUAUAGCUAUUUUUUUGGGCACCAGUCCUCCUCCUUUUCCCCAAUCCUAAUGUGCCGACAGCUUUGAGAACCACUAAACUGAUGGUAGUUUUUCCUGUUUAAAGGAGAUAACAUUUGACGUGAAACAGCGCCUCUUAAUUAGCUUUGUUUUUAUUUCACUCUACUGAUGGAUUUGUUACAAGUACGUUAUUGUGUUGUUAUUCCUCUUUCAUUGUUAAAAAAAUAAAGUAAGCAGUUUGUGUUUGA